AUGAUACUUUCCUUAUUUUUCACUUUACUUACUACGGCUGCUACGAUUCCCUUUGCUUCCGCCGCGUGUUGCCAUUACAUUGGAAAGGGACAUUGGCUGUCGCCAAUUCUCCGUCGUCACUACAGCUCUCUGUCUGGGGCCGAGACUCCAAUGGAUUGCGCAAGGCAGAACUGCUUCUCGGACUACUAUCCUUCUGAUGUGAAUUUUAUUGCUCCUAGUAAUGCUGCAGCAUGUGGGCCCCGCGGUGCUGAAUUUCCUGCUUGUGCAAACGUUAAGACUGGUUGUAAAGAGGUGAACGUGAUCUAA